AUGAGGCACAAGCCGCCACCGGCCCUUGACGAGGGGAGACCAGCAGGCAUGAACGACAUCAAAACUUCCCGCCCGUCUAGUGAGGAGACUACGGAAGCGAACAGUUCUGGCGAGUCUCCAGCAGUAGUAGAGGAAAAGCCGGCGCGACGUCUAGAAGAGUAUUACCAUCGUCGUUCCUCUAUACAAGAUAUCUUCCACCCGCGCAAUUCCUCGGUCGAAACACCACGACGCAGGUCUUCACUAGCCUUGCAGCGCACGGCUACAGGCGCAAAGCACUGGUGGAAAUUCACCUUGCGAGAGUGGGACGAUGAUGACGAAGAGGACUGGUGGUUUGCGUCGACCGCCAUUCCGUUACUGGCCGCUACCAUAGGACCACUGGCCAACGUUCUCAGUAUUGCUGCUCUGGUGUCGUACUGGCGGAUGUGCCUCGUCGACGACGCGACUCCAGCGACUGCAGCGCAGUGCAUACCGAACGCCAUUGUCCUGCUUCCGCUCCCUCUCACGGGCGUCACUUAUCGUGACCCACAUUGGUGUAUCAGUCUCAACGCUGUCAGCCUAGCUGCAGGAUUCGUGGGAAACUUCUUCCUGCUUUGCAACUUCACGAACCGGAUACGGUACAUCAUAGCACUACCAGUGACUAUUCUGAUGUGGUACAUCGCUACUGGAAUUCUCAUCGGCAUCACUGUGAGCAUGGAGCUCUACGCACCGCCCAUUCGACCACAGCAAACAUACACACAGGGGUUCUGGUACGCGGUCAUUGCAUGCUGUAUGUAUAUGAUAUGUGCCAUGAUGCUCAUGGUGAAUAUGCUUGGUUAUGCGCUUGGACAUUACUCUCAGCACUUCACUUUGACGGAGUCACAGCGCACCUUGAUCUUACAGACCAUGUUAUUCUUCAUCUGGCUCGCAGGAGGUGCAGGUGUCUUCUCGCGCGUAGAACUGAAAUAUGGUGAUGGCACUCAGAACUGGAGCUAUGUCAAUGCCCUGUACUUCUGCGAUGUUACUAUCCUUACGGUCGGCUUUGGUGAUCUUUAUCCUACAUCAAAUACCGGGCGUGGGCUCGUCUUUCCAUAUUCCGUUGGUGGUAUCAUCAUGCUUGGUCUCAUGGUCUCGAGUAUCACAAAGUUCGCAGCGGAGCUUGGACAGGAUAAAGUGAUCCGGCGCCAUGUGGAGCGGAGUCGAGCCCGUACUGUUGGCCGGACUGUCACGACCUCACUCGAGAUGGACAGACGGACGACAUUGCAGCCAGCGGAUCGCCCUGUUAUUUCGGCUCCAUUCCCAAUGCCAACGGAGAGCCGGGCGACAACCAUACAAAUUGCAGAUCAAGCUGGAGAGGGUGCUAACAAGAAUCGGCGCACAAAGACUGGGCUACUGGCCUUCAAACGGGUGGUGUCGAUCAACAAACAACCACGACAACGCCAGCCGAAGCUCAUCCUUUUGCGAGAGGAGAAAGAUCGCUUUGAUGCCAUGCGGCACAUCCAACAUGAUACGUCAGUCUUUAAAAGGUGGUACAGCCUGGCCAUGGCGGUCAUAGCUUUUGGACUGCUGUGGUGUGUUGGAGCUGCAGUGUUUUGGCGCUGUGAGCAUGAGACCCAGAACAUGACCUACUUUCAAGGUCUGUACUUCUGCUACGUGUCACUUUUGACAAUUGGGUAUGGUGAUCUAGCACCAAAGAGCAACCCCGGACGACCCUUCUUCGUCUUUUGGUCUCUGGUUGCGGUCCCCACCAUGACGAUUCUCGUCUCCGCGCUUGGUGAGACGGUGAUCAACAAGUUCAAGGAUGGCACGUCUGGGCUUGCAGACUUCACUGUACUGCCCAAACAUGGUGUCUGGAGAUCGUUCCUUGAGCAUCACCCAUGGCUGCUCGAUUGGCUUCAGCAGAGGAAAGAGCGUAAAAACGCACUGAAGCGGGUAGAAGAUGGAUUCCAAACGGGACCAGAUCCCGGGGCGGAACGACUAGCACCUACCAUCGACGAACUUGCUCGUGAUGAUCCUACCAAUGACGAACUCGCACGACGACUGCCAGAAGCUAUCCGCAAGACAGCAGAUGAUAUGAAGCGUACGCCUCGCAAACGCUACUCUUACGAGGAGUGGGUCGAGUUCACAAGCCUAAUCCGCUUCUCCGCUAUUAAGGAAGAGGAUCGCGAAACAGAAGACGACGAUGACGGCCUGAUCGAAUGGGAUUGGAUUGGCGAAGACAGUCCGAUGAUGCAUAAAGGUAGCGAAGCAGAGUUCAUUCUAGAUCGGUUGUGUGAAAGUAUGAAUAGGUACAUUAAGCAGAUGUCGAGCAGGACAUCUCUGCCAACGGACGGGCAAGAAAAAUUGAAGCGUCCGCCUAGUAUGAGGAGGAAUAGUGGCGAUAGUGCAAGCUUGAGACGGCGUAAGGCGGGCGAUCCUGGAGAUGAUAUUGGGCCCCUUGACGAAAAGACUGUAUGA